AUGGCUGAAAAGUUACAAGUGAUUAUCAAUAAAUUGGAAGGAUUACUCUAUCCUGACGGCUUCGAGUGUGCACCCUUUAAGAUUUCCUGGUAUAACGAUCAAGUGGAUGAUCACUUUAAAUUAAAGUGCAAUCAAAAUGCCUUGGCAUUUAUCAUCAUUAGUUUACCCCAAAUGUUUGACAAGACCUUUAAGACUUUUAUUAUGAAGAAAUACAACAUUGACAAUUUUCCACUUGAAGACAAAGCGGAAUGGAAUGAAGAAGAAAAGGAAGAAUUCUCUUAUAAUCAGAACGUUUAUGAUCCAUUAGAUCAAUGUAUGCUUGACUAUUUUCAAAAGAUUCGAAAUCAUUUCCCAGAUCAUCAAUUACACAUUAUACGAGACUUUGAAAUGGAUGCGUCACAUCGGCCCAAAGUUCUAGUUCAAACUGCUGGUCAUGUAGCAGGAGCUGUUCGUUACUACCAACGUUGCGAUGUUCAUGACGAUCCAUGGGAUGAAUCACAGCGUAUCUAUGGUACCUGUGUGCAUCCAAAGUAUGGUGGUUGGUUUGCAUUACGAGGUGUAAUCAUAUUUGAAGAUGUCAACGCUAAUAAAUUGGCUCAAGUAGAUCCACCAGAUAUGAUUAAAACCGAUCAAGAUCGCAUCAGGUUAUUAAAUCUUUAUAAUUUUCAUUGGAGGGAUUGGAGCUUUCGCGAUGUUUUACCUGGUGUCGUGGCUCGUUAUUCAGAUGAGCAAAAAACUUUCUUUUCUACACCACCAUCACAAAGGCCCCAAAUACUACGAAAACUGUUUGAUGAAACUUAA